CUAUUUUGUCAUUGGGUGGCUGUGACAGAGAGAGAGGCAGCCAAGAGAGAAAUAACACAGAGGGAGCGAGAGUCAUGAUUGGAUGCCAGUGACAGAGUAGAGAGACCAAAGCAGCUUGUGAAUUUUCGCAGUUGUCAUGGGCCCUCGGGGGUCGAACAAGUGGCUCCGCUGACUCACAGAGGAAAAGGACAGAAGACACGUGAAGAAAACAACAAAAAAACUAAACCAAGUGACAAGAAGUAACUAAGGACAACAAGGCUUUUAUAAGUAACAGCGCAAGAGAAAGUGAGAGUGAGGGGCACACAGGGUGAGAGCUAUACGCCUUCAGUGCCUCCACGCAGCAGAGAGCGGCCGACAGGAUCCCCCAAAUCCCUCCGUCCAUCCGUCAUCCAGCUCAGACAUGAAGAGACCUCACGACUACAGCUCCCCGGACUCGGACACAGACGAGUUCAUUGACCCGGGACAAGAAGACGGCUUUUGCCCAGUCACCGGGUCCAUGUCUCCUGGUAGCGCCUCGCAGAUCAUGGCCCGAAAGAAGAGACGAGGGGUCAUAGAGAAGAGGCGCAGAGACCGGAUCAACCACAGCCUGUCGGAGCUCAGGAGGCUGGUGCCCAGUGCUUUUGAGAAACAGGGUUCAUCGAAGCUGGAGAAGGCAGAAAUCCUGCAGAUGACCGUGGACCACCUCAAACUCCUGCACGCCAUGGGAGGAAAAGGUUACUUCGAUGCGAGGGCCCUGGCAGUGGACUACAGGACCUUGGGCUUCAGGGAGUGUGUUGGGGAGGUGGUGCGGUACCUCAGCUCCCUGGACGGGGAGUCCCCAGACCCUAUAGGAGCGCGCCUGGUCUCCCACCUUUCCCACUGUGCGAGUGAGCUCGACCCCCUCCUCAUGCAGUCACCGCCAGCCGCCGCCUUGCCCUUUCCACCUUGGCCUUUCGCGUCCUUCCCUCAGAUCUCUGCCGCCUCACCGGUCUCCUCCUCUUCACCGUUCCCCAGCGGGCGGAGGGACAUGGCGCUGCUGGGGAGCUACCCGUCGCACGCCUCCCUGCGCCUCGGCCCCCUGGCUGGCUGCCAUCCGGGCGUUCCCCAGCUCCAUGCCCCCUCCGCCCUGGCCACCAUCCACAGGUUGCCCUCCCUGGCAGCCUCUGCUUCCAUGGCCCCCUCUGCUUCCAUGGCCCCCUCCAGACCGACCCAGCGUUCCCCUCACAGCGCCACCAGGGCCUCGCCUCUUCCCCUCCCCACCCCUUCCUCUUCCUCUCCUUCUACCCCCUCCUCUACUUCUACUUCUUCAUCUUCUGCUCCAAUGCAGGUCUCUUUCAGGCCCUUCGCACCUCUGGGGUCUCCUACAGCCCAGCGCAGGGGCUUGAGCGGACCGGCCAAGUCGGGCCAGGGGUGGGGGACUGAGAUCGGAGCUUUCUGAGGGUCUGGUUUCCAAAUGAACUCUGGACAUGGAGCUAUCCAUGUUCACCACGUAGCAAAUAGGAACCCGUCGGAGAAAGAUGACUCAACCUUUGAUGAUUGUCUCUGCCCUUGAGGGACUCUAAAAGCCAUAUGAGACUGUGGGUGGAGUUUCAGAUAAUCACAAACAAUCAUAUAUAAUGAAAAUGAAGGAAUGUGAAAGAAGAUUUGAAUAAAUUCCUGUUUAUGAUCAUGCUUGACGAAUGCACGGUGUCUAACAGAGCCAUAUAUAACGCUCAACAGAGUGACGUUGAGUUUUUACUGAUGAACUGUGAUAUGUGUUGUUUCCCCAAAUCAUUUAUACAUUUGAUAAUGUUUUCCAAGAAUGUUUGACAAAAUCUCUAUAAAGACUAAGUGCCUUUACCUUU